CCGCCCGUUCCGGUGGCGGCACCGGCACCAUGGGGGUCACCUGCGUGUCGCAGGUGCCGGUGGCCGAGGGCAAGAGCGUGCAGCAGACGGUGGAGCUGCUGGCGCGGCGGCUGGAGGCGCUGGGCGCGGACAAGCAGGGCACGUUCGGCGUGGACUGCGAGACCUAUCACACCGCGGCCACCCUCGGCACGCAGGGGCAGACAGGGAAGCUGAUGUACGUCAUGCACAACUCCGAGUACCCCCUGAGCUGCUUCGCCCUCUUCGAGAACGGGCCCUGCCUGGUGGCCGAUGCCAACUUUGACACCCUCAUGGUGAAGCUCAAGGGCUUCUUCCAGAACGCCAAGGCCAACAAGAUCGAGAGCCGCGGCACCCGCUACCAGUACUGCGACUUCCUGGUGAAGCUGGGCACGGUCACCAUGGGCCCCAGCGCCAGGGGCAUCUCCGUGGAGGUGGAAUACUGCCCCUGUGUGAUCGCCAACGACUGCUGGAACCUGCUGAUGGAGUUCAUGCAGAGCUUCAUGGGCAGCCACACGCCCGGCGUCCCGUCGGUGUUCGGCGCCAAGCACGACAGCACCUACGGCCCCGGGGACACCAUGGUGCAGUACAUGGAGCUCUUCAACAAGAUCCGCAAGCAGCAGCAGGUGCCCGUGGCUGGCAUCAGGUGAGGAGGAGCCCCUGCAGCUCCUGAGUGCACCCUCACCCUGCCUGCACCACCAGCUCCUCCAAAAUCUGCCACAGCAGCUGCUCCUUCUGCAUUUUUCCCCGUUUCAAACUGUGCAAUUCUGGGUGUCCUCCGUGGUUUGGGAUGAUUGGAUCCAGUGGUUCCGUGGUUUUUUGGACAGUGAAAGGAGAAAUUCCAGAAAAAUACAUUCUUAAAUGUCUUAUUUUUUUAUGUUGACAUCGGUGUUUUGUUGUAUUUCAUCCCAAUAAAAGGAUGGGUUUUGGGAGGAGGAGUUGUCCCUGCAGUGAGAGUUGUGUUGUGAAUUCCCAGUCUUCCCUUGGAUUUGCUUUAUGCUCCCAAAGCAAAUAUUUCCCUGUGAAAAAAAGCCAGGAAUUCCCUAAUUUUCCUCUUCCUGGCACAUUCUUACCUUGCCUUCAUCUGCAGGUGAUGGAAAUAUCAAAAUAUGCUGCCUCCCUUGGAUCCAUUGGUUCUGUGGCUUUUUGGUGCAGGGAAAACAGAAAUUCCACAAAAUUACAGACAUCUCUUAAAUUUCUAUUAUUUUUUUUAUAUCCACAUAGGUGUUUUGUUGUAUUUCAUCCCAAUAAAAGGAUAGGGUUUGGUGGUUUGUGUUGUAAAUUUCCAGUCUUCCUUUGGAUUUACUUCAAGAACUUUAUGCCCCUAAAGCAAAUAUUUCCCUGUGGAAAAAAAUCCAGGAAUUCCCUAAUUUUCCUCUUCCUGGCACGUUCUUACCUUGCCUUCAUCCUCUGUAGCUGAUGGGAAUGUCAAAAUCUGUUUCCUCCCUUGGAUCCAUUGGUCCUCUGGUUUUGUGGACAGUGUUUUGUGCAGGGAAAAGAGAAAUUCCAGAAAAAUACGGACAUCUCUUAAAUUUCUAUUAUUUUUUUAUAUCCACAUCGGUGUUUUGUUGUAUUUCAUCUCAAUAAAAGGAUGGAUUUUGGGAGGAGGAGUUGUCCCUG